GGUUCAACUUUUCUCGUCGAUCACUUGGUAUGCGGCUUAGUUUCUAAUAGGUGCAGCUCGCUAAAGUAAAAAAAAAUCUGAGCAUCAGAAAACAUGGGAGACUGGGGAUUUCUCUCAUCGUUAUUAGACAAAGUACAGUCUCACUCCACCGUUGUUGGCAAAAUAUGGAUGAGCGUGCUUUUCAUCUUUCGGAUCCUGGUGUUGGGAGCAGCGGCGGAGAGCGUUUGGGGUGACGAACAAUCAAGUUUGGUUUGCAACACCUUGCAACCUGGUUGUGAAAACGUGUGCUACGACUGGCAGUUCCCCAUCUCACACAUCCGCUUCUGGGUCCUGCAGAUCAUAUUUGUCUCCACUCCGACUUUGGUGUACCUCGGCCAUGCGGUGCAGGUCAUUCACAAUGAGAACAAACUUAGGGAGAAGAAAAAAAUCCUUGGUGAUGGCCACAUGUUGAAGGAACCCAAAUACACCGACAGCCAAGGCCACGUCAAGAUUAAAGGAAACCUCCUCGGCAGCUAUCUAACGCAGUUGUUUUUUAAAAUCAUCCUUGAAAUCGCGUUCAUUGUUGGACAGUAUUAUUUAUACGGCUUUAUUAUGGUCGCCAAGUUUACAUGCUCCCGUUCCCCUUGCCCUUACACUGUUGAAUGUUUCAUGUCCCGUCCCACCGAAAAGACCAUCUUCAUUAUAUUUAUGCUAGCGGUGGCCUGCGUAUCUCUGUUACUGAAUGUCAUAGAGGUGUUUUACCUGCUGUUCACCAGAGUGGGAUGUCGGAAGAGACGAUCACAUACUGUUACUACGGCUAAAAACCCGGCCAGUUUGUCUUCCUCCUGGCAGAUGAACUCUGAAGACGCUCUGAAGCAAAACAAACUCAACAAGCAGUUUGAGAGCGGACAGAGCCUUGGAGGAAGCCUGGAUGGGGCGAAAGAAGACAUGCAAUUGAUGGAAGAUCACUAGAUGUUGACUCAGAAACAUCUUUAUAAUUAAAUUUUGCGUUGUUCAGUAUUUAGUCAGUUGACUAUUGUAUGAUACUUAUCAAAUGGAUUGUGUUUAAUUAUUGCAUGAUCAUUUCGUGCACAAUGCAUGUGGUAAUUGGAUAGUUUUGAUAAACUAUGGCACAAAAAAAAACACUCAUUGCUGUAUGAUUGUAAAUACUGCCUGUAAAUAUAUGUAUUAAGAGUAAGCAAACUCUAAGAGUAAGCAUCUUUUGCUUAAUUUUCACUGCCUGUCUUUUUUCUCGUUACAAAAUAUAAAUUUAUAGCAAUGUGUGUUCUGAAUGUAAAUGUAAUGUUCAGAGAACAAUAACAAUUUCUUUGUUUGAAAUAAAACUUAAAAAUGAAUUAAAAC